AUGAAUGCUGCUCAUGGUGAAGUUCUUAUGCCUGUCGUAGGACUUGGUACAGGAGGAUACGGUCAACCUAAUGGUACAGGUGGGGAAUAUUGGGGUCCUGAACAAGGUCAUAAUGCUACACUUGCAUGGUUACAAUUAGGCGGCCGACGUAUUGACACAGCUGAUGACUAUGAGUCAAUCGAUGGAGUCGGUACAGGAUGGGUGGCUAGUGGUAUAGCUCGUUCACAAAUAUUUAUCACAUCCAAAGUAGAUCCAUCAGGCUAUGAUCAAGCUCUCGAAGAAUUUGCUGGAAUUCUAAAAUCGUUAAAGACCGAUUAUAUUGAUCUUCUUCUUAUUCAUUGGCCGGGCAGUGAACCAGGAGAGGCAAGUAGUAAACCGAUUCCUCCGUGUAAACAAGGAAAACCAACUUGGAUUGACUGUCGUAUUCACACAUGGAAAGCAUUAGAAAAAUUAUUUGAUCAGCAACAAGUUCGUGCAAUAGGUGUGAGUAAUUAUGAAGUAAAUCAUUUAUUAGAAAUUUUUAAUUUAAAUUCUUCUAUUCCAAGUGUCAAUCAAGUUGAAUUUCAUCUAUAUUGGCAUGAAGAUGAACUUCUUGAUUUUUGUAAGAAUCAUAAUAUAACCUUUAACAGUUAUUCUCCAGGUGGCACACCUGAUCACGCAGCUUGGCUUGGUCCUUCAUGGAAUCCGAUUCCCGAUAUGCGUAAUCAUCCAAAUGUAACUAAAAUUGCACAAAAGCAUGCUAAGACGCCUGCACAAAUUUUAUAUCGAUGGCAUUUGGAACAAGGUAUUGUUAUAAAUCCUCGUACUAGAAAUUUAACACAUAUGAUGGAAAAUCUCUCGAUAUUCGAUUUUGAACUUGAUACACAAGAUAUGAUGACUUUGACUUAUUUGAAUCAUCCAAUGAGUAAAGUUUGUGGUGAUCCAAGAUUAAUUUUGUAA